ACUGGGGGCUCUGCUUUGGGGCACUAAAGACGCCCAUAACCCAAGUGUGUGUAGAGGUGCCAGUGCACGGGGCGUUACACCCAGAGGUCCAGAAGUGAAUAAAGCAACUUUUGGGUUCCAAGAAAGAAAAGAAAUAGUGUGGAAAUUGGAGAAAGAAGUAUAUCAGUCUCAACGAUUCAGAGGGAAUUUUCAGUUACCUCCAAUAACUGGCCCAGUACCUCCACCUCCAUCAACUGUGGCAUACAACGGUAGAAAUGAGAGUGAAGUUCUUGAUGACAUUUUUCCUCCCAGGGAAUGGACAGAAAACAAUAAGUUAUGGGUGCAACAUGUUUCAACAGCCCCUUGCAACCGUAUGGAUGUGGUCAAUCUGCAGGAAGAGCUGGAUUUAUUACUCUUUCAAAGAGGUGCACGUGAGCUCGGACUCUGUUCUGUUCGCCGAGAGCUCUUCUCACAGUGUUUUGAUGAACUCCUCCGACAGGUCACCAUCACCUGUGUAGAGAGAGGGAUACUAAUGAUGAGGGUCCAGGAUGAGAUCGAGAUGACGAUUGCUGCCUACCAGACUCUGUAUGAAAGUGGAAUCAUAUAUGGCUUGAGAAAAGCCUUGCAAGCUGAACAAGACACAAUUGAUUUAGAAACUAAGAUUGUAGACUUGGAGACUGAGAAUAGAGAUCUUGAGAGGCAGGUGGCCGAACAGAAGGAAAUAUGUAAAGUGAUUGGGAAGAGAGAGGAAGAUCGAAGAAAGCUAGAGGAAAGAAAACGGAAUGUUGAAAUUGAGGCCCUAAAACGAUCAAAUCAGCAAAUUAAGCCCCUUACUGAUGGUAGACUCAUGCACUUUGUCAUCAACAGUGGCAAGAGCUACCUGCGGGUCCCAUGA